AAUCUUGCCAUGAACCGAUUAAGCGCGAUCGUUUUACAUCUCGUUUUUGUGGCGCUUCAUGUCGAAGCAGACGCAUAUGGCCCGGAUUAUCCCAUGGGAUCAGAUUAUGAGAGUCUUAAACCAAGCCUUGCUAUUGUUUUAGGAGUUCUAAGUGUUAUGUUUGUGCUAACUUUUCUUCUUCUUGCAUAUGCGAAAUUCUGCCACAGAAGAGUCUCUGCCAAUCGAAAUCCUCAACAGACUGGGAUCAUCAGCGCAAGCCGUAGAUUUUCAGGCAUAGAUAAGACAGUUAUUGAGUCACUUCCUUUCUUUAGAUUCUCAUCUCUAAAGGGCUCAAAGGAAGGGCUGGAAUGUGCAGUCUGUUUGUCGAAAUUCGAAGACAUCGAAGUUCUUCGGUUACUGCCAAAAUGCAAUCAUGCCUUUCACAUUAACUGCAUUGAUCAUUGGCUUGAGAAGCACUCUAGCUGUCCUCUUUGCAGGCACAGAGUUAGUUCUGAGGAUUUAAAACUAAUCACCUACUCAGAUAGUGCAAGAUUCUUAUGGAACAACCAAUCAGAGAUGAGAGAAGACUCAAACAACAUGGAGUUAUUUGUUCAAAGGGAAGAAAGCCAUAGAGGAUCUUCAAGAUUCAGCAUAGGAAGCAGCUUUAGGAAGAUUCAUGAAAAGGGUCAUCAUAAAGAAGAGGAAUUGUUGAUUCAACAAGAAACUGAGGCAGAUCAGAAAGUCUUCCAUAAGCACAACCAUAAGAUACUUGUAUCAGAUUUUGUGUUCAAGAACAGGUGGAGCAAUGUGAGUUCUUCUGACCUCAUAUUCUUAAGCUCCGAAAUGCUCAACGACAAGUCAAGCGGUAGAUUCGCUUCCACAGAUUGGAACAACGAUCCAACAUCCACCCGAAAAGCAGUGGAAAAUGGGGAGAUGAUGAAGACCAAGGAAGAAAUGGAGAUGAAAAAAUCGUUUGAGAGCAAGGUUGGAACAAUUAGUACUUCGGUUUCAAACCCGGUUCCUAGUUCUGCUUUUGAGGACGAGGCAAGUACUUCGAGUCACACAUCAAGAUCGGUGAUGAACUCCGGUGAACAGAGAUCGGUCUCGGAAAUCACUGCCUUUUCAAGGUAUGGAGAUUUGGGUGGGAAGAACAGGAUUGGAGAGUCAUCUUCUUUGUUUGAAAACAAUGUGAAAGAGGAAAGAAUGAGAAGAGCUUGGUUGCCUAUUGCGAGAAGAACAGUUCAAUGGUUUGCCAACAGAGAGAAAAGGUCUCAAUUGUCACAGAAUCCACCAAGACAGACCUUAGAUGUUUGA